GAUUAGUUUAAUUAUUAUGAUGAGAAAGGGAAUCUAUUUCCCAUCCUAUGAAGUUCACAAAAAGACAUUUUUGUAGUGAACCUAAUUAGAUUGACUAGUUUUUUUUUUUCUUUUUUGCCAAUGAACUUCUGUGGUCAAUCUCCUAUAAAUGUAGCAUGAUUCUCUAGCUUUGGAAAUUAUCCCAGUCUUCGACUCACAAAUUAAAGGCUCAAAUAUCCUCCAUACAAAACUAAAAAUAGCAAGUAUGGAUAACCAGAAAAUUCACAUGAAUGGAGGUGAUGGCCCUAAGAGCUACGCUAAAAAUUCUGAAUUCCAGAAACAACUAGUUGGAUAUUCGAAGAAAUUAAUCGAUGAGUUGAUUGACCAGCAGCUUGAUGUGGGAAUAAACCCUCAUUUUGAUCCUUGUAACCCAUUUCGUAUUGCAGAUUUUGGGUGCUCUAUCGGACGAAACACCUAUCUUGCUGCUCAAAAUAUAAUUGAAGCAGUGGAACAAAAGUAUAAGUCUAAUGAAGAAGACCAAGAGAACCCUCAAUUAGUACCAGAAUUCCUUAUGUUCUUUAAUGAUCUAGUCCAAAACGAUUUCAACACCCUUUUCAAUUACAUAGAUAGCAACAAACCAAACUACUUCAUUGCAGGAGUCCCAGGUUCUUUCCAUGGAAGAGUAUUUCCAAAGGCUUUCCUACACUUUGCCCACAGCUCUACGGCACUACUAUAUCUGUCAAGGAUUCCCGAAAAGGUCAUGGAUAGAAAGUCAGCAGCAUGGAACAAGGGAAGAAUUCAUUACAGUUGCAGUGGGGCAGCAAAAGAAGUAGAGGCAGCAUAUUCAAAUCAGUUCAGAAAAGAUGUAGAAUCCUUUUUGGACGCAAGGGCUGAAGAGCUGGUUCCAGGAGGAUUAAUGGUGAUCAUAACUCUUGGUCUUCUUGAGGGAGUGCUUGCUUCUGAGUGUGCCAUGGGGGUCACUUUCAGCAUUAUUGGAUCUUGCCUACAUGAUAUGGCCAACAUGGGCACUGUAUCUGAAGAAAAGUUGGACUCUUUCAACCUUCCAUACUAUUACACAUCUCAAAUGGAAUUGGAAACACUGAUAAAGGCACAUGGAUGCUUUGACAUCGCAAGGUUUGAGAAGCUUCCUUCUCCACUGAGGCAAGUUGUACAUGAUGUCCAAACUGUAAUCUUAUCUAUACGAGUAGUGACAGAGGCACUAUUUGAGCAACACUUCGGGAAAGACAUUACUGAGGAAUUGUUUCGACGUUGCGCUGAAAAGUUUGAAUCACAUCCAGUUAUAUACGAUGAUAAAUAUCGAACAGAGGCCAGCUACUUUGUGUUUCUCAAGCGUAAAACCAAAACAUCCAAAUCAGGAACCUACGUUGGUUCUUAAAACUUAUCAUGUGCCUCAACACUUUGUUAUUGUGCACCUGUUUGCAAAGGCGAAUCCAAGACAUAGAGUCGGGGCAUUCAGAAAGCGUGUGAUCGUGUUGUAUUUGUGAAUUUUAAUUUUUUUCUGCAUAUGGCAUAAAUAGUUCGAGGGGAGAACAAUGAGCUCAGUUAAACAUAUGAUCAUAUCGGAUUUUACUGAGGCUUUGCUAUAAAA